GGGACACCACUUUCUGCUUGUCCCCAGGCCAUUACCAUUGAAGCCGAGACUCGAGCUGAUGGCAGCAGGAGGACUACGCGCUACGACAUCGACAUGACCAAGUGCAUCUACUGCGGUUUCUGUCAGGAAGCCUGUCCGGUUGACGCCAUUGUGGAGGGUCCAAACUUUGAGUUUGCUACCGAGACUCAUGAGGAGCUGCUGUACAACAAAGAGAAGCUGCUCAACAACGGGGACCAAUGGGAGGCUGAGAUAGCAGCCAACAUACAAGCUGACUAUCUUUACAGAUAAACUGCUGCAUCAGUGACCAACCGUUUAAUAUAUGCAUUAAAGAAAUAGCUACAUUUAGCCUUACUGAUGCAAAGGUGAGUUAGGGGUAAGCGCUGCAAACACGCACAAAUUAUACGCUGCCUGGUGUAAAAUGUGACUUUACUCUACUGGACUACUUGAAUAUGGCUCACACUAAUAUUUAAUGUUGUUGUAGUAAGUGUAUAACAAACUAUUCCCAACCAAAGCCGCAGUUUUAAGACUAUACAACGAUGAUGGUAGGGUUGAACUGUGGCACUGAGCCACCCAUGUGUGAAAGUGAUGUCUAAUUGUCUUGUUAUGGUCUUGUGAGAAUACACCUCGGCCAUCAGAGAGGAAAUCAUCUUUUUAUGGAAAUAAAGAGGUCGGUUAACAUAUUCGUGUAGUCAGCUAGCCUAUUUUUUGGGUUCAUUUUGAUGAAACAACCCUAGGGAGUAAGAGCGAUCCCCAGGCCUGUGUUGUAGACACUAUUUAACCCUAUGAAGGAUUCAUCAAUGUGUCUACUGCUCCUCUUAAUCAAACACACUCACCACUCUGAAUCAGGGUCAUUUGGGACUCUUGAGACCCCCCGACUUUUUGCCAUUGUUCCAGAUUAUAAUCUUUUUUUUUUCAUCAAUCUAAAAAAACUGUUAGCCUUAGAGAUUGUUUUUAUUUUCUUCUCAAGGCUGUUUAGACACCUGUUUUAUUCAAUUAAUUGGAGGAGUAUCCAUAUUGCAUGUUUGUUUACUUAUUAAACAAUCUCACAGUC